ACUUGUUAUAGAGUAUGGAAAAGCAAGCGGAAUAUAAUUUCGCAUUCACUUGGAUUAUUAAAAAAUUUAGCAUGUAUCAUCACUCAUGCAAACAAUUUAUAUGUAGCCCCGAGUUUGCUUUAUAUUGUUUACCCCGCAUGAAGUUGCGUAUUGAGUUAUAUCCGAGAGGAGAUAGUAAUGAGAGCUACGUAGCAGUGUAUCUCAAAAGAACUGAUGAUAUUCCAGAAACUUGCAACAUAUCUUUCACAGUGGAAGGAGUAGAUUGCAAGGACACUUUUUUUUGCCGUCAUAAAGGUAGGAAGAUAUUUAAACCUCAAACAGGUUCGGGCUAUUCAAGUUGUAUUAAAAGGAAUACUGUUCAGUCGUUUAUAAAUGAUACCUUAAUUCUGAAAUUUACUUUGAAGCCCGUGUGUGAGGCAAGUAAAGAACAAAUACUGACUCCUCAUACUGAUCUAGAACUUCCUUACAAACCUGGACUGUUUGCGGAUGUCGUGUUACGCGCAAGCAGUGAAGAAUUCAAAGUAAAUAAAGCGGUUUUGUGGGCGAGAUGGCCCAAACUUGUAGAAAAAAUGGAUGCAGAGGAGACUUGCGAAAAAGAUUUCGAUAUGAGAUCGGAUGUACUGGAGGCUAUAAUUGGAUACGUUUACACCGGAAAAAUAGAUAACACUAAAUCUGACUUGUUUGCGGAUCUCUAUGCAGCUUCAGAGAAAUAUGAGCUCCUCAGUUUGCAAUGUUUACCAGUUGUGGCACAGACAGUACGAACCCAUAUUAAUGUCAAGUCAGUAUCAUUUGAAUGGCCAAUUCAGAAUUUUUCUGGUUUGCCUCUUAAUACAGUGUUGCAUAGUCACGUAUUCAGCGUGGAUAUUUUGAAGUCUUGUAAAUGGAACCUAAGACUUCACAUGCUUAAUACAGUCUUCGAUAGUAGAGUCUUCGAUAUUUCCCUGUGCAAAGUAUAUGAUCCUGAAACCAGGCCAAUUUUCGUCAGAAGCAAGAUAUCGGUCCAUGGAACAAAUUUUUCUGAAAAUGAACACUUGUUCGAAACGGAUAAAUAUUGGAAAUGUGGAGAUUUUUCACAUCCUGCUUCCUUAGGCCCUUGGCCUUACAAAGAAUUGUUUCUUAAGGUAGAAUUAAAGUUUUCUGACUGCAACAGUUUUUCUGAAAUAAUCAAAUCUUCUAACGCCUAUGUAUCUUCAGUAAUCUGCCAUUCUUUUAUCAGUGAUUUUAAAAGUCUUUACAAAAGUGGUAUGCUGUCCGACAUUAGUAUUAUCGUCGGUGAUAAAACAUUCCCCGAGCAUAAAUGUGUUUUAUGCGCCCGAUCUUCGGUGUUUGCGAGAAUGUUGCAAACGGGCAUGAUCGAAUCGGAAAGAAAUAGCGUGGAAAUUUCAGAUGUUGACCCUCAGAUUAUGGAUGAAUUCCUUUUAUUUAUGUACACCGGCAAUAUGGAAAAGUCAUUGGACGAAACAGCUGAGGAACUAUACGCGGUAGCCGAUAAAUAUGACGUUCCUGUACUUCAGAAAAAAUGUUCCUCUUUUCUGAAAUCGAAUCUCAGUGUUGGAAAUGUGUGCAGAAUUGUCCAGUUGGCCAGUUUUCAUUCUGAUGAUGAUUUAUACAAAAGUGUGCUUGAGUUUUCAUGUGCCCAUGCAGAGGAAAUUUUCUCUACUGAUGAAUGGAAAGCUGUCAAGAAUGCGAAUUGUUAUGUGAAACUUCUGCAGGAUAUGUUAAUUCAGAAAAAAUGUACAAAGUGAUUUGCAACUGAACUUCUGUAUUAUUUUGCGGAUACUGAAACUGAUUUGUAAAAAUUUUGCAUCUGCUUUGAUAAGAAACAUGGUAAAAAUUGAAGUAUAAUUUUGUGAUUUUUCUUCAGACUGCUGCGAAUAACAUAUUUAAUAUUUCGUAUUUGAUGAGAAUUCAGAUAUAUAGUAAAUUCAUAUUUUGUGACUCUUCUUUUAUAUUCUGUAACGAAAUAAAGAAAUUUUUGUGUCUUUAGAA